UACAGGCAUGUCUCUUGUGUUAUCAGUGUUUACAUUUUUUUUACAAUUUUUAUUAAUAAAGUAAUGUACAAAGUACUUGUCAAUAUUAUCAAUUAAUUAUUGUCAAUAAUUCAACAAAGUUAACAGCUACAUAAUUGUUGUUUAAAAAAAUUAACAAAAAAUGUCAGACAUAAGUUUGGUUGAAGAUGACAUGACAGAUUCAUCAAUGGAAAUCUGUCCAGUACCAGAUUUAACAGGUCUAUCAGCAACAAUGGUUGAUUCAUCAGAUGAUGAUUCAUUUGAUCCACCAACACCUGCACGUCGACCAAUUAAUCCACCACCACCACCACCAUCAACUCAUCUUGAUUAUUCAACUAUCAUUAUAACAUCAGAUGAGAGUGAUGAUGAUGAUAAUGUUGACACAAAAACAACACAGCCAAAUAAAUGUAGCACUGUUACAUCAAAUGCUGGAGACAUAAAAUCAUCAGUAAAUGAUAAAAUUGUUGAUGUACCAUUUGCUGGAGGUGGAAAAUCAUCAGUCAAUGACAAAAUUGUUGAUGUACCAUUUGCUGGAGAUGGAAAAUCAUCUGACGAUGUGGAAAUUGUUGAUGUACCAAUUGAUAAUUCAAAACGACCAACAGAAUCAAUGUUUAAAUGGGAUAUUAAUAAUCUUACAUCAACAAAUCAAUCAUUAAAAAGACUACCACAUAGUCCAAUGGAAAGUACGAGUAAAAAAUCAAAAAUAAUGAUGGAUGAAAUUGUACCAUGUGCAGUUAAAGUUAGAGGUAUUGUUAAAAAAAUAUCAGGAGUCCAUGUUGAAUUUCCACUUAAUCCAUAUCCAUCACAAAGUGCUGUUAUGUGUGCUCUAAUAAAAUCAUGUCAAAAAAGAGAAAAUGCAUUAUUGGAAAGUCCAACUGGAAGUGGAAAAACUCUUGCUCUAUUGUGUGCAGCACUUGCAUGGCAACGUCAGGAAAAUGUUAAUUAUCAACGACAACUCAAAGAAUACAGAGACAGUGUUAGACAAGAACUUGAACUCAGUAUGGCUGAUUAUGAUGAAAAUGUAGAGAAAAAAAAUGGUCAACAAUCAAUCGAUCCAUCAGUAUUGCCUCCUGAUAGACCAGCAAAAAUUUUUUAUGGAUCAAGAACACACAGGCAAAUAACGCAGGUCGUUAAAGAAUUGAAAAGAACAGCUUACAGAAAUGUCAAAAUGACAAUACUUAGCAGUCGAGACUUUACUUGUAUUCAAGAAACAAAAAAAAAUAAGACUGAAUUUUGUAAUGAUUUACUUGAUCCAAUAAAAAAGAAGGGUUGUCCAUUUUAUGCAUCUGAUCCGAGCAGUCGUCCACUAUCAAGUCAUCAAGAUUUUGAUAAAGUAGGUCUUGAGACACCAUUUGAUAUUGAAGAUUUAGUUACAGUUGGUAAAGAUAAUGGUUGUUGUCCAUACUUUGCAGCAAGAGAUUUAAUGCAAUUUUCCGAUAUAAUUUUUUGUCCUUAUAAUUAUCUUAUUGAUCCAUCAAUACGUCAAAGUAUGUCAAUAACAUUAAAAGAUAAUGUUAUUAUAUUAGAUGAAGCACAUAAUAUUGAAGAUAUUUGUCGUAAUUCUGGAAGUGCAGUUAUAAAAAUAAAUGAAUUAACUGAUAUCAUUCAAGACUUGGAUACAUUUGCUAAAAAUUUUAAAGAUGAAAAUAAACAUUUUAUCACAGAGCCAUGUCCACAAUUUGUACCUGAAAUUGUUAAAUUUUGUCAAGUAUUUAUGAACUUUUUAAAGCUUGUUGAUUUAAAAACAAAAGUAAAUAGUUCAACACCAGUUAGUAAAUAUUGGACUGGACCAGAACUUGUACAAGUUAUGCAUGUUAAUAAAAUGAGCACUGAAACAAUAAAAAGUUUUAUAAAUCAUUGUAAAGAUGCAUGUGAACAUGCUAAAGAUGCUAAAGAAAGUAUGCGUGAUCCAAAAAGUGGUUUUAAACCAAGUGUAUCAGGUGGUAUAAUACGUAUCAUUGAAAGAUUUGUAUUUGGUUUAAUGUCUGUAACAUCAGUAAAUGCAGCUGAUUAUGUUGUUUAUGUUAAAGAAAUUGUUGAAUGGAAUAGUCCAAAAUAUGCUGAUGAUGAUGAAUUUGUAUCAACGAAAAAAGAAACACUUCGUGUUAUUGAAUUUCUUUGUUUAAAUCCAGGUGUUGUAUUUAAACCAAUAUCAGAAACAGCAAGAUCAGUUAUUCUUGCAUCUGGUACAUUAUCACCAAUAACAUCAUUUGCAAGUGAAUUACAAACAAAAUUUUAUUCAAUAAGUACAAAUCAUGUUACACCAAAAGAUAAUGUAUAUGUUCGUUCAAUAUCAAAAGGACCAAAUGGUGCUGAUUUAUUAGCAAAUUAUAGUAAUGUACAAACAUGGAAAUUUCAAGAUGAUGUUGGUCAAACAAUAAUUGAUGUUUGUCAAACAGUACCAUAUGGUGUAUUAUGUUUUUUUUCAUCAUACACUGUUAUGACUAAAAUAACUGAACGAAUGUCGCUGACAAAAGCCAUGCAAAAAGUAUCAAGUCAUAAAGUAAUAUAUAGUGAACCAAGAACAAAUGAUGAAUUGACUGAAAUUAUGGAUAAUUAUCGUAAAGAUUGUCAAAAGAAAGGUGCAUUAUUAUUUGCUGUAUUUCGUGGUAAAGUUGCUGAAGGAAUUGAUUUUAGUGAUAAUGAAGCAAGAGCUGUUAUAACAAUUGGUAUACCAUAUGGAGUUAGAACAGAUGCAGCAAUUGAAUGUAAAUUAUUGUACAAUGAUAAAUAUGCAUCUAGAAAAAAUUUACUCAAAGGACAAGACUGGUAUACUGUUACUGCUUAUAGAGCACUUAAUCAAGCACUUGGAAGAUGCAUAAGACAUCGUGAAGAUUGGGGUGCAAUUAUUAUGAUAGAUUCACGUUUUAUGUAUGAAAAAAAUCAAAGUUAUUUACCAAGAUGGAUCACUCAAAUGUGGACAGACAAAUCACACAUGUAUGAUCUUCCAUAUAAAUUAAAAGAAUUUGUUAAAGAUCGUAUUCAAUAUUACGAACAAAAAGAACUUGAAGAUUCUAUGUAAUGUACUUUUUCUCUUUAAAUUGAUUAUCUUUUUUUUUUUUUUUUAUUUUUAUAUUCGUAUUAUUAUUAAUAGUCAUAAGUUUUCUAUCGUCUCAAAUGUGAUGGCCCAAUCACAUCCAAGUAUUCUCAGG